CAUGGUAAUUUUACAAGUGCAUACAAGAUGCGCAUACCGUAGGGCGUAGGCUAAGCAGCUUUAUUGUCAAAUGUCAAAAUACCAACAUGACCAAUUCAGUCAUUAAUCAUUUUAAUCUAAGAGGUCGAACACUUGGAAAAUUGGGACCUCUAUUACACCAUCCAAAAAUUAAACAUUCCACUCAACCCCCAAGUCAAACGAAGUCAAGUUAUGGAAAACUGAAGGACGAAGACAGAGUUUUUACAAAUUUGUACGGAAGACAUGACUGGAGACUGCAAGGUGCCCUCAAACGAGGCGACUGGUACAAAACGAAGGACAUAAUGAAUAAGGGACCAGAAUGGAUAAUAAACGAAAUAAAGAUAUCCGGUUUGCGAGGUCGGGGAGGUGCGGGGUUUCCGUCUGGUGUAAAAUGGUCAUUCAUGCUUAAACCUCCCGAUGGUCGGCCAAAAUAUUUGAUCAUAAACGCAGACGAAGGGGAACCUGGAACGUGUAAGGACAGAGAGAUCAUGAGGCACGAUCCUCAUAAACUGGUUGAAGGGUGCUUACUGGCGGGGUUUGCGAUGGGAGCUAAAGCUGCGUAUAUUUAUAUUAGAGGAGAAUUUUACAAUGAGGCUUCUAAUAUGCAAGUUGCGAUUGCGGAGGCGUAUCAGGCGGGUCUAAUUGGAAAGAAUGCAUGCGAAAGCCACUACGAUUUCGAUAUUUUUAUGCAUAGAGGAGCAGGUGCAUACAUUUGUGGUGAAGAAACUGCGCUAAUUGAGUCUAUAGAAGGAAAGCAAGGGAAACCUCGACUAAAACCACCGUUUCCCGCAGACGUGGGGCUUUUUGGUUGUCCUACAACCGUAACUAAUGUUGAAACAGUUGCUGUGGCCGCUGCAAUUUUAAGAAGAGGAGGUUCUUGGUUUGCCUCCUUCGGCAGACCCAAUAAUUCGGGUACGAAAUUGUUCGCCAUCUCUGGGCAUGUUUGCACUCCGUGCGUUGUUGAAGAGGAGAUGAGCAUACCAUUACAAGAACUUGUCGAACGGUAUGGAGGUGGUGUCGUAGGUGGUUGGGAAAAUUUACUGGCGAUUAUACCUGGUGGUUCAUCUACACCUUGCAUUCCUCAAAGCGUGUGUAAUACUGCAAUAAUGGAUUUCGAUGGGCUCAUAGCGUGCGGCACGAGCUUAGGUACAGCAGCCGUGAUUGUAAUGAAUAAACAAACCGACAUUAUUAAAGCAAUUGCUCGACUAAUAGUCUUUUACAAGCACGAAUCGUGCGGACAAUGCACUCCUUGCAGAGAGGGGACGAGUUGGAUGGAUAAAAUCAUGGCGCGACUGGUGGACGGAAACGCCAGGUGUGAGGAAAUUGAUAUGCUAUACGAAAUCAGUAAGCAAAUCGAGGGCCAUACGAUUUGUGCGUUGGGAGAUGCAGCUGCUUGGCCCGUUCAGGGAUUGAUUAGGCACUUUCGUCCCGAAAUUGAAUGCAGAAUUCAAAAGAAUCAAGCAAUGAAGUGCUGCCAGUAACCAACUCCAUCAAUUUCUCUUUUUGUGUCUGUUAUUCUGUAAAGUUCAGUCACAUGUACCGUUGAUAUUGUAGAUUCUAGAGGAUAAUGUUAAUAAAAUA